GGCCUGCGGAUCCUCGGGCUCUCCCCGCCCGCCGGCCGGGUGGGUGGGUCGGUGCUGCGGCUCCGGGGGUUCUCCGGCCGAUCGCCGCCGCGCUCCCUGUUCACGGCUGCGCGGGUUAUCAACCGAAUACUCCCAGAGGUAUAAGACCUCUGGAAGCUGUGCUGGACAGAAUCCCCCUAUUCUUAUUGCCAAGCUGCAGGAACGCGUGGUGAAAUAUGUUCCUUGCCAGACGCACUCUUCUGGACAUUGCCCGCGGCCAUGUUCACGCUGGGAGGUGCCUUGGGAAGCUCCAGCUCUGGUGUGUGAGGAGGACCUUCCAUCUGAAGACUGGGCUUGGGUUCUCCAAGCCUCCCCAGGUCGAUCGCCAUCCGCCCAGUCCAUCUCGUGCUCCCACGACGGAGGAGUUGUUCGGCCAAAGCUCGCUGCAGGGUUACCUGAGCGAGCUGGAGCGGGAGUACGCGGAGUGUCUGGAGCGGCUCAGCGGCUGCCAGGAGUCCGGAGAGGCGGAGGGAGAGGACAGGGCCAGGGCACUGCAGAAGCGAAUCAGUGAGCUGGCACCGGUGGUGAACGAGCUGCUGCAGCUGAGAGGCAAGGAGCAGGAGCUGAGGGAUAUUGAGACCCUGCUGAAAGAUGAGGACGCCGAUCUAAAGAGGCUGGCUGAGGGCGAAGAGAGGUCUUGCCAGGCAAGCAUCCAAGGCCUGAAGGCCAAGAUUCUUUCACUGCUGAUCCCCUCGGAAGAGGCGAGUAAUAACGACCUGAUUCUGGAGGUGACGGCCGGCGUCGGGGGACAGGAGUCCAUGUUGUUCACUGCAGAGAUGUUUGAAAUGUACCAGAGCUACGCUGCCUACAAGCGCUGGCACUUCGAAGUGCUGGAGUACCGUCACAGUGAAUUAGGGGGUCUCCGACAUGCUGCUGCCAGUGUGAGUGGUCAGGGAAGCUACAGACACAUGAAGCAUGAAGGGGGAGUUCACCGAGUACAGAGGGUUCCCCGAACCGAGAAGCAAGGCCGGACUCACACCAGCACUAUGACUGUGGCUGUGUUACCCCAGCCCACCGAGAUUGACCUGACGAUCAGCCCCAAAGACCUGCGGAUAGAAACGAAGCGAGCGAGCGGGGCAGGUGGUCAACAUGUGAACACGACGGACAGCGCAGUGCGGAUACUCCACCUCCCAACAGGUGUGGUGGCCGAAUGCCAGCAGGAACGCUCGCAGCUGAGGAACCGGGAGCGCGCCAUGCAGCUGCUGCGGGCCAAGCUCUACCGCAUGAAGCUGGACGAGGAGACGAGCAGACGGCAGUACGCACGGAGCAUUCAGAUUGGGACCAGGGGAAGAUCGGAAAAAAUCCGAACCUACAAUUUUCCGCAGGACAGGGUUACGGAUCAUCGGAUCGGUAAAUCGCUCUACAACCUGAAGGACUUCAUGCUGGGGGGAGAGCUUCUGGAUGAGAUGGUUGAAGAGCUGAAAAGCCUGGCGGACACUGAAUGUCUCCUCGAGUUCCUGGAGAACACACAGACGCAGCAUAGUGGGUCACAGCAUCAGUGACAAUCUUUCAACACCCCAAUAAAAUUGGACUUGCUGCACUCCGGUCCAUUUUGAUCCUCCUCUGCCCUGUCUCAGCUCCUCUGUGGCUGAUGACCUUGCCCACGCUGUUGUCACCUCCAGAGUUAUUCCAAUGGAUCUGGUCAGAUCUCGGCCAAUCUACCCUAACUAAACUUGAACUCAAGCUAAAACGCCACUAUCGAUGUCUCCAGUUGUGCCGGCCCAUCUCUACUUAUAAAUUCAAUCCUCCAUCUCCU